CUUGAGGGAUGUAAGCGGCGCUGAACUCUGUUCACAAACAAACGAGUUUGGAGGAAGAUGAGGGUGAAGGAGAUCCUCAGGACAGCGACUCAAGCAUGGAGUCCUGCGAGACAUCAUCCUGCGUACCUGGCCUUAGUUCUAACGGUUACCAAAUGGAAAGCAGGCAGCGGAACACCGGAACCGGAACGUCGUCUUCUGUCUUCUUCACCAUCUCAUAUCUGCAGGUACUGCAGCACAGCAGCUGGAUGCCUCUUUCAACACCAGCUCUGCUCUGGAGAUCUUUGAGAUGAAUUUUGCUGAUACAUCCAUGGACAUGAAGCUCAGAGGAACUCUUCCCACAUCCAACAGAUUUCACAGUCUGAUCUGGGUUGCGUUUGAGAUGGACAUUAAAGGUUCUUCAGGGCGUCUCAUCGGAGGCAGCGAGAACGGAACCGUGACCGUCUUCAGUCCGGACUCUAUUCUCUCUGCGGAAGAGGACGCCAUCAUCGGACAGUCCAACAAACACACCGGUCCUGUACGCGCCCUCGACUAUAACCGCUUCCAGAAUAAUCUCAUCGCCUCAGGAGCGAAUGACUCUGAGAUAUACAUCUGGGACUUGAACAAUUUUAGUAAUCCAAUGACCCCAGGAGCAAAAUCACAGCCCGCAGAGGAUGUGAGCGUGGUGGCGUGGAACAGUCAGGUGCCACACAUACUGGCAUCUGCAAACCCCAGCGGGAAAGCCGUCGUCUGGGACCAAAGAAAGAACGAGCCCAUCAUCAAAAUCAGUGACCAUAGCAACCGGAUGCACUGUUCUGGGAUGUUGUGGCAUCCAGAUGUGGCCACUCAGCUGGUUUUGGCAUCAGAGGACGACAGACUUCCUGUGAUACAGAUAUGGGACCUUCGGUUUGCCACCUCACCGCUCAAAGUCCUGGAGAAUCACACCAGAGGAAUUCUGUCCAUCUCGUGGAGUCAGGCCGAUCCAGAGCUUCUGCUGAGCAGCGGCAAAGACAACCGGAUCCUGUGCUGGAACCCAAACACUGGCGAAGUGAUUUACGAGCUGCCAACAGCCAAUCAGUGGUGUUAUGAUGUGCAGUGGUGUCCACGUAACCCCGCCCUCCUGUCAGCUGCAUCAUUUGAUGGACGGAUCAGUGUGUACUCUGUUAUGGGGGGACGUCUUCAACAGCGUCGGCACAGCACGGUGGAUCAGAUCUCGGCUUCAUUUGACACUAAUGACCCAUUUGGAACGGGUCAGGCUCUUCCCCCACUGCAGGUGCCUCAGCCCACAGUAGAGACCACCAUUAUACCACCCCUGAAGAAGCCGCCCAAGUGGGUACGGAGGCCUGUUGGAGCCAGUUUCGCUUUCGGUGGGAAACUGGUGAUGUUUGAGAAUCCUAAACUGCCCCCCCAGCAGCCGCCAUCCCAGUCCCUCCCUCGACAGGUACACGUGAGUCAGGUGACCACAGAGACGGAGUUCCUUCAGCGCUCAACAGAGCUGCAGGCCACUCUGCAGUCCGGAUCUUUCACCAGCUACUGUCAGAGUAAAAUCAUCAGCGCCUCCUCUGACGCUGAGCAGGACAUAUGGAGGUUCCUUAAGGUGAAUUUUGAAGAUGAAGCACGUGUGAAGUUUUUACGGCUGUUGGGCUUCAGUAAAGACGAGCUGGAAAGGAAGAUCUCGGUGUGUUUGGGGAGGAACCUGCAGCCCAACGGUUUAGAUGUGAGUGAUCUCGCUGAGAAGAUGCAGACACUUUCUGAUGAGAGGGCAGAUGAAUCAGGCGGAGCUGCAGAUAAUACGGCCAGUCAAGGCUCUCCUGCUGAUUUCUUUAGCCAACUACCAAAGAUAAAGGAAGAGCCAUUCCAGAUCCCUGUAUCAUCAGAUACGGAAGGUUUGAUUAGUCAGGCGCUUUUAGUGGGUAAUUUCGAGGGUGCUGUUGAUCUUUGUUUGAAUGAUGGCCGUUUCGCUGAGGCCAUCCUCCUGUCAAUCAGCGGGGGGGAGGAGCUACUGAAGAAGACCCAGCAACGAUACCUCAACCGUCAAACCAACAGUGUCUCCAUGCUGAUCUCUUCAGUGGUGAUGCAGAACUGGUGUGAUAUUGUCCAGAAUUGUGAGCUCGAUAACUGGAAGGAAGCGCUUGCUGCCCUGCUGACCUACGCUAACCCAGAAGAGUUUGCUCCUCUCUGUGAUACUCUGGGCUCUCGUCUGGAGGCUGUAGGUACAGAGAAACGCUGUCUGCAGGCCUGUUUGUGUUUCAUCUGCUCUGGAAACAUUGAGCGUCUGGUGGACUGCUGGAUGUCACAGAGAGACUGCUCCUCUCCUCUCGCACUGGAGGAUCUGGUGGAGAAGGUGAUGAUCUUGCAGAAGUCGAUCGAGCGUUUGCGUAAUGGAGAGGUUUCUUGCGUAAUGGUGAGGUGUCAGAGUUCAGCGCUAACGGAGAAACUCAUCCAGUACUCCAGUAUACUGGCAUCACAGGGCAGCUUGAGUUCUGCACUCAACUACCUGCCUGAUGACUCCGACCAGGCUGCUGUUCAGAUGUUGAGAGACAGAUUGUCUCGUGCAAAGGGUGAAAUACUGCAGGGACCUUUAGCACCAGCAGGGGGCGCCAAACCUGCAGCCACUGCAAACACACACACUCCUCCAACACCUGCAACACACACACAGUACCCGUCCACAGUGCCUCCUCAAAUGCCCCAGUCAGGACAGCAGAUGCCCCGCCUCUUCACUCCGCAGCAGGGUCCUAAACCUGGAGCCGGUGCCCCUCCCCAUGGUGGACUGAGACAAGCGUACCCACAGAACCCCUCCACAGUGCCAGGUUUCCAGCCAUUCCCUCCUCAGUCUGGGCCUCUAGGGGCCCCCAUUGGUUUCAUGUUAGGCCCCUCGAUGCCCCCCUCCAGCCUGUCAGGCCCCUUUGGUGCCCCUUCCUCUCCACCUGGUCCCAUGAUGCCCACUCCACCUGCCCCAGGGUUCAUAUCGCCCACCACCCUGCCAGGGGGGCCGGUGCCCAUGUUUCCAGGAGUUCCACACACAAAGGGCCCUGCACCUCCUCCCAACGGGGCGUACGGGUAUCCUCAGGGGGGGCCGGGCGCUCCAGCGGCCAAGAGCUUCACGAGUGCUGGUGUCCCUCCUCCACCCACAGUUGCUCAGGACGGGUGGAACAACCCUCCAGCUGUUCGUGCAGGACCACGCAUGAAAAAGCUGCAAGAGAACUACACACCACCUGCUCCGAUCACAGCUCCAGUGAUGGGUUUUCCUGUAGAAGCUUCUAUUCCUCAGGACAGAUUUCAGGUGCCACCAGGAGCUCCUCAAGAGCCCGGCAUACAGUCUUUACGGCAGCUUUCCACAGAACGCGUUGAGCAGAAGGAAAUUCCUGCAGAACACGUGAUACUGAAGACCACAUUCAGCAGCCUCAUUCAGCGCUGUCAACUGGCUGCAACAGACCCGCAAACAAAGCGUAAACUGGACGACGCCUCUAAACGCCUUGAGAGUCUGUACGACAAACUGAGAGAUCAAGUGCUGUGUCCCGGUAUCCUGGCAGGGCUUCAUGAGAUCGUCCGCUGUGUCACCGGUCGUAACUAUCAGCAGGGUUUGGAGGUUCACACACAGGUCGUGAGCAGCAGUAACUUCAGCGAGAUCUCUGCCUUCAUGCCGGUCCUCAAAAUGCUCAUGACCAUCGCAAACAAACUGACCGUCUGAUCCCGGCGCAGUCAUCACUCCAGCGUUUAAUGCCUAAAUGCAACAGCAGACCUGAUUUCUGCUUAUUUUGUAGAUCUGUCACUGAACUAUGCUUUAAGAAUGAAUACACCAUUAAUACGCCACGGCAGUGAUUCUGAUGUGCAGGUAUUUAUUUUCCCACACAACGGUCUUAAUCAUGAAAAACGACCAGAAAAAUUUUUUGGUAAUUGGUUCAUAAAACCAUUCUUACGUUAAUUGUUGCUUUGAAUUGAAUGCAACGUUUUUUUUGUGUGUGCAAAUUGUUAGUUCUUGCGUAAAUGAUUGCAUUCAAUGCAUUUACAUCAUAAUUGGUCUUAAAUUGAAUGUGACAGUUUACGUAAGAAUUGGUCUUAUCAAUUUAACACGAGCAGAAUGAAUUUCCGUGCAAACUGCGCGUAAAACUUUGGCUCAAAAUGUCACAUUAAAUUAAAUUUGAUAUACUACGUAAGUAUUUGAUAUACUUUAUUUAUAAAACGCAUGCAAAACAAAUUUCUGUGUAAAACCAUUCUUGGGUAAAGUACUACUUUGAAUGUGACAUAAAACCAUUCUUACGCAAAUUGUCACAUUCAGUUUAAUUUAUUUAUUUAUUUAUUUUAUAAUAGAAAGUUUACAGUCCUCGUGGUGGCGUAGUGACUCGCCUCAAUCCGGGUGGUGGAGGACGAAUCUCAGUUGCCUCCACUUCUGAGACCGUCAAGCCGCGCAUCUUAUCACGUGGCUUGUUGAGCGCGUUACCACGGAGACAUAGCGCGUGUGGAGGCUUCACGCUAUUCUCCGCGGCAUCCACACACAACUCACCACAUGCCCCACCGAGAGCGAGAACCACAUUAUAGCGACCACGAGGAGGUUACCCCAUGUGACUCUACCCUCCCUAGCAACCGGGCCAAUUUGGUUGCUUAGGAGAGCUGGCUGGAGUCACUCAGCACGCCCUGGAUUCGAACUCGCGACUCCAGGUGUGAUAGUCAGCGUCAAUAUUCGCUGAGAUACCCACGGCCCCCCCACAUUCAAUUUAAUAAUUUAUAUUUCUUAUUCAUGAAAAACGAGUCAAUUGAAUUUUUGUGUAAAUUGUCACAAUUGAAUAUGACACAUCGUAAGAAUGGACCUUAUUCAUGAAAUGCAAGUAAAAAAAAAUUCUAUGUAAAUCACACAUAAAACCAUUCUUACAUAAAAUACUAAAUUGAAUAUGACAAUUUUUGUUCAAAUUGGUCCUACUCAUGAAAUACGAGCCAAUUCAAUUUCUGUGCAAAUUGUCCGUAAAACAUUUUUUGCAUAAAAUGUCACAUUCAAUUAAAAAUGCAGUAGGUAUUGAAUUUCUAUGCAAAUUGUUCGUAAAAUUAAUUAUUACGUAAAUUGUCACAUUGAAUUGAGAGCGCAAAUGACCUCAGAAUUGGCCUUGAAACAUGAGCAGAAAUGAUUUCUGGGUGACUCGUCAGUCUUAUGUAAAUUGUCACAUUUAAUUCAAUGCAACAAUUUACGUAAGAAUGGUUUUACGAACAAUUUCAACAAAUAAUGAGAUUGUGUUUCAUGAAUGAGACUCAGUGUUUAUUCAUUUAAAGGUUGUUGUUGUUGUUAGCAGACAGGACUUUUAAUUGAUUGGAUUUGUGAAGAACUCGAGGGUUUAGUGUCGUCUCGUGUUUUGUGAAGGGUUGUUUUAUAUUGCACUUACUCAGAGAGAGGUUGAUGUUCUGCUAAAGCUUGAACUGCAUUUCUGCUCAAAUCACUCCACUAAAGCAACAACGCCGAGCUUCUUAAGAUGUUCUUCAAACCACCGUGACAGAUGAAUGGGACUGAAUUCUGCUGGAAAUAAAGUUUUAAGAUGCACGUCUGCAGUGUAUGUAAAUCUCAUAAAACCUAUGAAGAACAUCCAGGUUCCCAUGAUUAUUUUUAGUUAAAACCAGCUCAAAUUAACGGCUGUUAAGCAAAUAAAUUAUGUGUAAAUAAUUUUAUAAUUAAAAUAAAUUUAUUAUUUGGUUAUAAGAAUUGAAAUGGUAAAACAUGCUCUAAUUUGUUAUGAGAAUAAUGUUCUUUAUAUUUUUGGAUUAAAUAGGACAUGGGUUCUUGACUGGUUUUGUGAGAUUUACUAUAACUAGAUCAGGGAAACUGAACGAAACUAAAUGCUCAACCUUAAAAAAAAAAUGGUGUCCUUGAAAGAUCAUCAUUGUGUGUGUGUGUGUGUGUGUGUGUGUGUGUGUGUGUGUGUGUGUGUGUGUGAGAGAGAGAUGAAUCUAAAUCAUUCUGAGGCUCAUGCGUGAAGCUCCUACAUGCUUGAAAACAUUUAUAUUCUGAAUUGCUUUCAUAAAUGCUGAAUGUGUCAUGCAACUUUUUCCCUUGGACGUGAUAUAUUGUAACAGUGUAACAGGAUAUUCAAUGAGGAAAAAAUGUUGGACCAAACCUGUUUUGUUACACGGGGAAUCGUUUGAAUGGUGUAAAGUGUCUCUAUAUGACAUGAGUACUUGAUGUCAGCAGAAAAAGAAAAGUCGCAUUACAUUUUAAAUGAAACAUUUGGAAUAAAUAGUUCAUUUAGAGUUCAUUUUGACUAAAUGUUCCUGCCUUGCAAACAGACAUUUACAAACCAGUUGAGAUCAGUUGCACCCUGAUCUUUGAUCCCUGACUUGCAGUAUGACCUCUUUUUCCCUAAGGUCAGAGAUCAGAAAGUAGCUGACCUCAUUUGACCUUUGGGUUUUGGGAAGGAGAGGCAGAGCAUCAGAGACGUGCUUUCGUCUGCCUGUCCAAUCUUGUACAAAUGAGUUAACACACACACCCCGAUAAUGAACUCUUAAUUCAUUAUUCAGACUAAAAGUUUUGUGAUGUAACAUGGGUUUUUAUAAAGAAAACUAUGAAGUUCU